GCUCUAUUGGAAUCUAUGGGUGUUAGUGGAUCUACUGGACCAGAAGCUGUUGCUGCUGCUGAAAAGAAUGCUGCUAUGUUGACUGCUAGGGCUGGUGCCAGAGACCCGUCUGCAAUUCCAUCUAUAUGCCGUAUUUCUGCUGCUCUACAAUAUCCUGCAGGUUUGGAUGGCUCAGAUGCUGGCUUAGCAGCAGUUAUAGAAUCUUUGGGAUUUUGUAUGAAGCUUCGUUGUUCUGAAGCUUCUAUAUUGGAAGACUUGGAAAAGGCAAUCAACUUGGUUCACACACGACGAGAUCUUGUUGAAAGUGGUCAUGCCUUAUUAGAUCAUGCUUACAAGGCACAAAAUGAGUAUGAAAGGACGACAAACUACUGCUUAAAUCUGGCUGCUGACCAAGAGAACACAGCGACUGAGAAUUGGCUACAUGAACUGGAUGUAGCUAUUGAUAAUGCUAAACACUGCCUUAACGAGGAAUGCAAGUAUGUUCGGGGCCUGGUAGAUGAAUGGUGGGAACAACCAGCAUCAACUGUAGUUGAGUGGGUUACUGUUGAUGGACAAAAUGUUGCUGCAUGGUGUAAUGAUGUGAAGCAACUUAAGGCAUUUCACGAUCAGAAACUACGUUGAAUUCGAUUCUUUGGCAGCUGUUACACAAUGUCUGUAAAUUUUCCUUUUCUCGCUUGCUAGUUCUCUGCAACUUCUUGUGGGUUUUGGUAUUCGUCGAUGCUGGGUUUCUAGCAGCAGCAGCAACAAAACCUAGGCGGCAAUUGUUGAAGAACAAUUGAGACUUCAAUCUAGACC